ACUUGCGAAAGUGAAGGAAGGAAAUAUUUUUGCUUUUGUUUUCACACAUAAACUGACAGUUGCAUAUGAGAAUUCGCGUAGGUGCGAACAGCCUUAAAAAUCUCUUUUACUUGUGUCAGGGCCAGCGUUGCCAGGUAUCCAGAUUUAGCUGGAUUACCCAGAUUUUUGGACAUGUAUCCAGAUUUUUUAAAAAAUGACCUGGCAACGCUGGUCAGGGCCAAUACUUUGAACUUUUUGAAUAUAAACAUCAACCACACUAUACGUUAACAAAAUUAACUGUAAUUAGUAAAUCUAUCAAAAUAUAACAAUGAGUAUCAGUUCAGUGCCAACAUUAGAUGUGUCAUUGAACAUCGAAGUUAAUACGGAGGAAAGCUGCGCGCGAAUGGUUCAAACCGUGCUUGAAAUCUUGCUGUUCCAGCGUAAUCAAAUUCCGUUUUGCUAUGAUGUGUUAAAAACAUUGGUUCGCAGAAUUUCCAGUACCACAAAUAAAAAUGACCAGCUUUCAGAAUGGAGCACUUACCAAUUUUCAAAACAGCUGGCAACUGUUCAGAAAGCUGCCGAAGCAAUAGAGAUUCUAUUUCAACAACUAACCCUAGCGGUGCAAAAAAGCAAACCAGAUUCACAGUUUAUGAUUUUAUUUGGACCCACAAUUUACACGGCAAAAGAAGCAUUUGUAAUCAAUAUCCCAGAAAUUAACACGAAUCAUUAUCCUCAGUAUCAUCGGCAUUCUAUGGAAACAAUGUUAAAACAACUUGCCAUGAAAGUAACUGUUGCUGAAGAAUUGCACGAUAAACCAAAAGUAACCAGCCCAACUAACACAUUUUUACUUUUAAAUUUGAGUCCGAUUUUUACGGAGCUUUCUGAGGAAGAUGUUGAAAACUGGCAAAUGAUAGAUGAUUAUAGUUUGCCAAACAGUUGUCAAAAAUAUAUAAUAAACCUUUUCAAUCAAUCGACUAAUAGUAAACAGCUGCACUGUUGCAAAGAAAUGGAAGUAUUCAAUGAUCAAGUAAAAGACCUGGGCAUCGCCAAACAGAGAAGUCAAGUUUUCAACCAAGAAACAUUAGGUAGCACAUCCGGUAAAACAUGGUUUCAGAUUGGAAAUGGUCUAAAAGGCCUAAAAAAUAACCUGAUAAAGGGAAAAUCAAUAUGGCAUCCAGUACGAUGAUUUUCGUUUAUCGAUUUGUUAGUCUUACAGUGAUUUUAAAAAUGUACAAACAGUUUUAUUAGAUUAAUAAAAAAUCACUUCGGAAACAUAAAUCAAGUUGAAGAA